UGCGGAAACGGGCCGUCCGCGCUGCUCCUCGCGCCGCGCGCCCAUCAGAUGCGAUCGCAACUCAUCCGUCCGACCUGCGACCGCGACCGCACCAUUCUACUCGAGACCAGCGUACAAACCGCACGCGCCAUAUAACGCUCCCGACGCGAAACUUCACUCGCUCCCGACAAAACCGUGAAUGAAGUGCUGUUUUGGAACAUUUUGAAGAAACUUUUUGCUAUAUUCAGUUCCGCGAUACGACUCGUCCACCUGACAGUUAUUUGUUUUGUGUUGUUUAUUUUUGUUUUGUGACUGCUCAUAUUGGAGGUGUUCAGUUUAUUUGCAAUACGUCCGUCUGUUUACGUUUUGCGGCUGCGGCGCGCUGACACGGCGCCGCUAUAAUGUGACCGGCGCAAGCAACACGUCUCCCUCCAAGGUGUUUGCAAUGUGGUGCACGUGGGCCAGUUUACUGCUUGUGUCGUGUGCACUAGCAUCGGUAGCAGCCGCGACCGAGACCACCCAAGCUCCCACUUUCGAAUCUACCGGUCAGCCAAGUAAAGGGGCCAACGAGAAGACAGCUAAUCCUGAACUUGAAGACUCGACGGUAGCCGAAGCACGCUUGGCUGUAGCGACUACCCGCGCGCCGCUGCGCACGCUGGACCGUCAAGCCGCUGAGCAUGCUUGGCGGGUAUGGCUGCAAAGCGCCGAAAGCGGAAACCAAAAUGCGCCCCCGAGACGAAUUACUACGAAGUCUUUAUUUGUCACACCUCUCGUGUGCCCUAAAGGCCAGAGGCUCGACCAGAAUGCAUGCGUUCAGGUGGUAACUGUGAAUAAAGACGAACACGAGCGUAUACUGCUGGAACAACUGCAAGCGCAAUUCCCUUCGCCACCAACUGACGACGUAUAUAUCGACUACGGUGACGAUGAGCCCGGUCCCUUGCAGUUGUCCAUACCAAUCGGCUUAGACCCACAAGCUGCUCCUCUACAAACCCAAGAGCUGUCUCCGCAGGCUCAAGAACUGAUGCCCAAUUUCGUUAAGAAAGGUGAAAAUAAUGAUGCAGGAGUUGAAGCUGAACUCGAACUUUUAACACUACAGCACUCAAACAACAACUACACCGAUAUAUCAGGAGUAUUGAAUCACAACGUAAUGAAUAUACAUAAUGCUGAUAAACCUAAACGUGACAGUCCAACCGACAAUUUAACGGCAAUAAAUCCUCCCGACGACUCUGAAACGGGACAAAAAGAAUUAGUUUACGGUCAUGUUAAUGUUGACCCAGUACUUUUUAAUAUGCAGCAUAUAAACCAGCAAAUCUCAAGCGAAAAUACCGAUAAGGCAACAGCAACUAAUAUACAAAGUAACAAUACAAUAUCUAAUGUAAACAAUAAAAAGAUAAAUACUACAAACCUCGGUGAGGUAAAGAAUGUUAUAGCCGUAAAUUCCACCAAUCAUGCUGAACUGAAUAAAAAUAAUGACCAAAGUAAGCUGAACCCCGAAAACGAGUAUUCUGACAUAGGUGAAGCUAUUAAACUAAUAAGUCGGUAUGCCGAAGUAUCUACUGACGAUAAUUUUAAAAGUGAUCAAAUGAAACCUGAGAACAAAGAGGAUAGUAUACUUGGCACGCGAACUAAAUUACAAUACCGACGAAAUAAGCCCAAGCCGGCGGGAAAAAUAAAAGACUCUUUUACCGACCAAUUACAUUCUCAAAGUUUUUUACCUAACAACGAACCAUAUUAUAGAUAUCCGUGGCCUAGUCAACAUUUUCCAACCCCACCUCCAAAUUACCCUUUCCGUCACAUACAAGAUUAUUGGCCUGGCAAAAGUCACAUCGGUGGUGUAUAUAACAUUCAUGGAAAUCCGAGACGACACCAUCAUUCGUAUCCGCAUUAUUUGAGACCCCAUGGCUAUUACCUACAACCAUAUCCAGGUCCGCAAGAACCACGUCAUUCUGAUCAAUAUCCGGAAUAUCCUCAUAAAGUAGUUCAACGUCACACGAAACCGUCACGGUCUCAGACCACCAACCAAAAUUUAUACAGUCUUCUUGGCUUAAGACAUUGGUUCAGUAGUGAAGGCAUUUCCAAAAGAUAGAUUUAUUUUCUUUGAAUAAGACAAUUCGAUGUUACCCGACGACGUAUAAUAGAAGCUAUGGAUUUUAUUGUCUAUAAAUAAAACGGAAAAAAUACAUCCACGCAAACGUAUGUCUAUUUUAUUAAAAUUACCUAUUUUAAGGCUGCAU